CCUAGAGUAGUUACACGUUCUGCCGCAUAGCACUAGGCGGCGGCAAACGUUUCCUGUAAACAUUCAAAACAGCGCUUCGCUUGAAUGUUGUUGGUUGUUAGAUGUUUCUGUCGGCUUCAACUAGUUUAGUGAGCUGUGAAUACCGCCUACACUUCUCAUCAUUGAUGAGCCAGUAUGAACAAAAAUUAUCUGAUCGUCACUUCGAUCCUGGAAGGAAGGUAUUUCCCAAGCAGGCAAGGCUGUGACGUUGUGAUAGAAGCCAGCUUCGACGGUGAAGUGCUAACCACAGACCCUGUGCCUCACUCCUGUCAUCCCAACUUCAAUACGGAGUUGGCGUGGGGCGUAGAUCGUCGAGGUCUUCACGUGCACAAACUUCACAGGACACCUGUGAAGCUCCAGUGUUUUGUAGUUGAGCGUUCGUCCAAAAAGAAGGACCGCGUGGGAUACGUUGUGCUCGAUAUACGCGGCAUUCCUGAGGGUGGAAGGAGUGCGAAAUGGCAUCCGUUGCUGAACAGCAAAUAUCAUGGAGCCAAGCCAGAGAUUCAUGUAGGGCUGCAUCUGGAGGAGGACACUGUUCCCGACGCGCCUUCCCUAGCCACUUCAGAGCCUGCUCGGACAGAUGUCAGGAUGCAGCGUGUGGUAGUGCAGCCAGCUGACCCAGCUGCAGACACUGACCUAUCACCUUGUCUCAACCUGAGAGACGGCUGUUACGAUAUUGGGAGGCAUCCCACAGCGCUCUACGUCUUCACCGUCACCAUUGCAUUCGCUGCAAACCUUAAACAUCUUCAAGAAAACCCUGAAAACAGACCACCAACUGGCCGUGGUGGACAAUACCAUUUCAUUUAUCACUUGCUUGGGCAUGAAGUUUCUACAGAAUCAUUCCCCAGCUUGGAAAACCCAGAAUUUCCAGCGGAGAGAGCGUCGCUGCGCAUUCGUAGCAGUGGUCCCGUGCUUCGCAAGUUUUUUGCUGCGCAUCCAACCCUUCAGGUACAGCUUGCAUCUGACGAUUCAGUGAUUGCGGAGACGGAAAUUCCUCUUGGCGACUUCUCAGCAAGCUCUCCGGAUUUCUCUGUCUCUGUGCAGGGCUUGUUUCAGCUGUGUCCUGUUCCGCACAAUGAAGAUCUGAUGAGCAGAAUAGCACCCGAGUACAGGCCCAUUGUUGGUGUCUAUGUGGAGAUUUCAGAAAAAGAGGCAAUAGGAGGCACUGCAAAUGAAACUGAUGGCAGACAGGAGGAACCAUUGUCUGAGCAACCACCUGCUCCAUCACCACCACCGCCCGCACCUGCAGCAGCUGCUGGGCAGGGGGAGAGUCCACAUCCGGCUCCACGGUCACGCAGUAGAGACUCACGGCCCCGAACACCAACGCAGCUUUUGCCGGAGAGAAGUCCCACGCAACGACCACGCCGACAGCUGGACUUCUCGCCCCCACAGAAACUCGGGCGUGCUGAAAAUCGGAGACCCACUGCCGAUGCUGCCUCCGGCCAGCCUGGUGACUUCAGGCCAGCACAAAGCAGUUCUGGCCCACGUUUACCGGAAGAUGCUGCUCCGAGCCAACAGCCUGAAGUGAUUGAUCUGACCGAUCAGAUAGACGAAGAACAAUUUCACCAUUUGUCUCUGAUGCUGGAUAUAAGAAGCCUAAACGUUUUGUCAACUCGUGGCAAGCCAAUGCAGUGUUAUGUGAGAUAUCACUACCCCUUCUUGGGUACCAGCCACGCUUUUCAGUCCCACAAAUGGACUUCCGUAGUGCCCAAUCUGAACGCAACAGUGGUUGGCGGCUUCAGCACGUACAACUUUGCUGCGACACUCAAGAUGGUCGCGUUGGCAUUUAAAGAACUUCCACUUAUGGUAGAGAUCUUCAGCCAAGCCGAGGGUGGCGAUAAGCUAUUUGGGACUGCUGAGGUUUCCUUGGCAAGUGUCCUGAGGUGUCCUGCUUCCUCUCUCCUGAAAGACAAUGGAGUGACAGGAGAAAGAAGGAUGCAGACAAGCAAAGUUUCGAUUAUGGACCCUAGAGGGCAACCUGAACUGAAAGUGAUUGGAGAGCUUCAAGCAGUUGUGUGCCUUGAUGACCUCGGUAUCACCUCUCUUCCACCCAGAGACCCGCCUAGCCAUUUGGCUGAUGCAGCCAACAAACCUCCUCCGGUACAGGCCGCAUCAGAGUCACAGGAGCGGGAAAUACUUAAAGUAAUGACAGAACUUGAGCUGUGGAAGGAGCAGCAGGAGAUUAUGUUCAGAGCCCGGUUAAAAGAAAAGGAGGAUGCCCAUCUCCGUGCUCUUACAGAGGAGUGGAAGCGGCAGGAUUUCGAGCGAGACACUGUUCUAAGGCGAAAGGCGAAACAAGAACUAGAGGAGAAGCUGAGGUCACACUUGAAAGAGAUUGAGUCACGUGAAGAAGCCCAUGCUCGGAGGGAAGCUCAGUUUGAAAAGCAAAAGUCUGAGUUCCAGUUCAUGAAGACACGCCUUCAGAAAGAAGCCAAGGAAACACUCAGACGCUCAUUAGAGGAGUAUGAGCACAUGCUGAAUAUUGAGAAAAAAAAAGUUCUUGAGCUGGAAGCUGAGAAGCAUAAGUUGAAGAGACAGAUUUCUGAACUGGAAGCCAAGCUUCAAGAGCGUGAAAGACAGUUUGAAGAAUUGAAGACCAGUCAGAGAGACGCUUUCUCGCAAGAACUCAAAGUUCAGAUCGACUACGAGAAGGCACUCACCGAGAAGGUACAAUUAUUAAAGGAACUGCAAGAAGCACUUCGUCUGAAAGAACAGUACAGAGAAAAGUGCAAUCAAGCUGAAAGCCAGCUUGCAGCUUACAAGCAACGUGUGAGGCAGACGCAACAGCAAGAACUACAAGAUCGACAUGAUGAAGUUGAAAGGCUUUAUCAACAAGCCAAGGCUCGUUAUGAAAGGGGUUCUGCAGCCAUGGCAACCUCUGAAGAUUCACAACCACUCAGCCCACCAGACGAAGGGGCCUCAUUUACGACGCCAGAGAAAACGUCGCCAACGCACUACGCGCCAACUGUGGAGGCCAUGCGAGAAAGGUUGGGAGGAUUACAGCUCUCGGGUGCAUCUUCGCAACCUUCAAGGCACGACCCUAGCUCACCCGUUGUGUUGGAACAGUCGCCACCGGGUGCCUCUGCUGCCUCUACUUCGUCGUGGAUGGAGCAUAUGCGAAGGCUCAUUGAAGAGAGAGACACCCUACUCAAAUCUGGCGUCUAUAGCAAGGAGGACGUAAUUAUUGUUGAGUUGAAUAGACGUAUUGCUGACAUUGUCAGGAAGCAUGUGUGAGCUGCUGAAGGUCAGCAGAAAAAGUUGAUAGGUAUACGAUUCCUAUUAGCUGUAUAUAUAACAGAAAAAAAAUAAGUGAGGGGGGGGAGGAAUAGAAGGAUUUAUGUGUGCGUGUAUAAUUUACAGGCACAAGCAAUCUUGUUGUUUGAAGAUGCAUAUUGUUUUUGUGCACAAGUUGCUCUUAUGGCAAGCAGUAGAUCUUACCUUACUAUGCAAAUAAGCAGAUAGUCUUGUAGCGCUGAGGGCGAUGC